CGUCGCCAGACCAGCCCCCUCCCUUCUGCAACGUCGCCCUCUCCGGCCUCCCUCUCCUCCGUCUUUGUCUCGCCUCACCGCAAGCCUCCGACGUUGAUCGCUACUUCAACCACCGACCGCCUCGGCUGUUAUCUGGCGCCGCAUAGUCACUUGUCCGACCGUUGCGAGGUGAUCUCAGUCUACAUAUAUGGUGACAGUAGUGGUGGCAUUGGUGUUGGGAAUCUUAUUGGGGGCUCUGUAUUUGAUCCCAGGACGGCUUAAAUCUAUCAUUUAAUUGCAGGUAAUAACAAAAAGGCUUGGGCAUAUGUAAAUGACAAGGCAUCCAAAGCAUACACCAGAGCUGAAGUGUCCUUGCACAACAAGCGGACAGAUUGUUGGAUUAUCAUCAAGGACAAGGUUUUAUCAUGCUUCAUACGUUCAAAAAUCACAUAAAAGCUUUAAAGCCAGUGAUACUAAUGUGGUGUAUGAUGUUACCUCAUAUGUGGAGGAACACCCUGGUGGUGAUGCUAUACUAGCUCAUGCUGGAGACGAUUCCACUGAAGGGUUCUACGGUCCCCAACAUGCAACCAGAGUCUUCGAUAUGAUAGGCGAUUUUUACAUUGGAGAUUUGAUGAAGAAUUAAUGGUAGUCGUAGGGAGCAAUUUGUUUGUAUUUUAACAGUAGAUCACUUCCCUUGGAACUUCAUUCUUCCCGGCCGUAAACUGCCAUCAUGUUCCUUCAUUUCACAUUCAUUAUGAAUUGAUCCCUUUUGUAUUGAAUCUUGGUAAAUUUAUUUGAAUUCCAUCUCUUCUGUGUUCUAUCCAGUAUCCUGAUUGAGGUAAGUUGACUGGGCAUGCUAGUAAAAGUGUAAACCCCAUGGAAUAAGGUUAGGAUUCAAUAUCUAGACAAGGACUAGCAUUAGAACUAUAAUUAUUCCAAAAAAUUAAUAAACCAAAUUAAAAAUUGUUAUUAAGAAUAAUCACAAUUAGUAUCAACUUUAAUUACUUGUAAAUUAAUGAAAACUAUUAUUAUUGAUCACAUAUUUGGUGUUAUAUGCAUUAAUAUAGUAAUUUUUUGACCUAAAUAUGAAAAGUUAAGAGCAAAGUAAGGGAAAUUCUAUUCACAGCGGGGGUUUUACUUUUCGCAGCCUUUCCCGCCAAAAUUUUUCAUCAUUUUUCAAAAAUCCUAUUUUACCCUUCUCAUCCCACCAUAUCAUCUUCUUUCCAUUUUUACUCUGCACAGUCACUCCAUCUCUCAUUCUCUCUCAUUAUACCCAUUUCUUUCUCUCUCACACCCAUCUCUCCAUCUCUUUCUCCUAAUGAGCACACACACAAAUAUGUAUAUAUAUAU